AUGUAUCAGAGCGAGCUAUGCGACGCUGAUAAACGUGGACGUCUCGUCUCAUCUGAACCACUCUUCGUGGGUGUGGGUAUCGUCAUCAGCUACUUCUUUGAUUACGGAAUGAGCUAUGUUGGUGGCCCGGUCGCCUGGAGGGUCCCGAUCGCUUGCCAGGUCGUAUUCGCGUUUGUGGUGAUCUUUCUGGUCUUUGGUAUUCCUGAAUCCCCUCGGUGGCUAUACUAUCAUGGUCGGAAGGAGGAGGCGCUUCAGGUCAUGUGCGAUGUUUGGGACUCACCACCAGAAGGUGAAAAGGUCCAAAAGAUGCAGCGCGACAUUCUGGAAGCGAUAGAGCUUGAACGAGUUCACGGCGAAUAUAAGUGGAGCCAGCUGCUCAAGCGAGACAACGUCCAGACUGGCCGCCGUGUCUUGCUCGCUUACGGCAUGCAAUUCAUGAACCAAAUGGGCGGUAUCAACCUGGUCGUCUACUACGUUCCCACAGCGCUGGAGACGAAUGUCGGGCUCUCCAAGAACCUUUCUCUCGUGAUCGGCGGAUGCGUACAGACUAUGUUCUUCUUCGGAUCCCUUAUCCCGACUUUCUUCCUGGACCGCAUGGGUCGACGACGACCAAUGAUGUACGGCUCAUUCGGACUGGCUGUAUCGAUGAUGUUGAUUGCAGUCCUGCUCAGCUUCACGGCGGAACGUGGAUACUCUGCUCACAUGCAGAAGACCACUUCGUCUGCCGCGGUGACGUUCUUCUUCACUUAUAUGCUAUUCUUUGGUGCAACUGCCAAUUGCAUCCCAUGGGUGUACGUCCCAGAGAUCCUUCCGCAGCACGCCCGUGCGAAGGGCACCGCCGUGGGAAUUAGCUCAAAUUGGCUAUGGAAUUUCGUCGUCGUGAUGAUAACCCCUACCCUCUUGGGUAAUCUCAAAUGGAAAGGUUACUUGAUCUUCAUGGCCACGAAUUUGGCCUUCAUUCCUUUGGUGUACUUUUGCUACCCAGAAACGUCAAACCUCACCUUGGAGGAAGUGGAUCACCUCUUCACCAAAGAUGGCAAGCAUGGGCUGAAGGAGGUCGCGCAGCUGCAGCCAACGCAGCCAGUGGUGGAAAGCAGAAAAGCUCACGACGAUGACGAGAAGAUGGUUGGUAUGGAACAGGGUUCUCGCGAGCAUGUUGAGACCUUGGAGGAGGCCAAGGACGAUAAGUUGCUGUGA